AAGACGCCACCGGAGCGGUCUGGAGAGCCUCGCGAUGACCGAGAUAAGCCCGAUGAGCUCGAUCCGUCCAUCAAAACGUGAAAGCGAGAGAGAGAAAGAAACAGCUGCUGGGUUCUUCUAGAAUCCAUAAGUGCUUCAGUGGGGUUUAGGAAACGUUAUGGUGGAAAUUGCAUCAGUGACAUCGUGGGACGCCAAAAGAAAGCAGGUGGUGGGUGCUGAUGCUGUAACCACCGCGAGGAGCCCGAUUGAUGCAGUGAAGUGUUCCAGCGGGACAAAACACAAGCGAAGGUUGCCAGCCAUGGGGAACCUCAUUAAGGUCCUUGGCAAGGAUUUAGAAAACUGUCCACAUUUUUUCCUGGACUUUGAAAAUGCUCAACCCACGGAGGCGGAGACCGCCGUGUGGAACCAGGUCAGCGCCGUGCUGGAGGAGGCUCACGGGAUCCUGGCCGAGCUGCAGUCGUAUAACGGCGCGGGACAGGAGAUCCGAGAAGCCAUCCAGAACCCAGGGGACCUCGCUCUGCAGGAGAAGGCCUGGAACGCGGUCUGCCCCCUGGUGGCCAAGCUGAAGCGCUUCUACGAGUUCUCCCUCCGACUGGAGAACGCCCUGCGCAGCCUGCUGGAGGCGCUCACCAGCCCGCCGUACGCGCCCAUGCAGCACCUGGAGAGAGAGCAGGCCCUGGCCAAGCAGUUCGCCGAGAUCCUCCACUUCACCCUCAGCUUCGAUGAGCUCAAGAUGACCAAUCCAGCCAUUCAGAACGACUUCAGCUACUACAGGAGGACUAUAAGCAGGAACAGGCUGAACAACCAGCAGCUGGAAGCGGAGAACGAGGUCAACAACGAGAUGGCCAAUCGGAUGUCUCUGUUCUACGCCGAGGCGACGCCGAUGCUGAAGACUCUGAGUAACGCCACCACCAAGUUUGUUUCAGAGAACAAGACCUUGCCCAUCGAGGACACCACGGACUGUCUGAGCACUAUGGCCUGCGUGUGCCGCGUCAUGCUGGAGACUCCGGAGUACCGCUGCCGCUUCACCAACACGGACACCAUGCUGUUCUGCAUGAGGGUGAUGGUGGGAGUCAUCAUCCUCUACGACCACGUUCACCCCGUGGGGGCCUUUGCCAAGACCUCCAAAAUCGACAUGAAGGGCUGCAUCAAGGUGCUGAAAGAGCAGCCGUCCAACAGUGUGGAGGGACUCCUGAACGCACUGAGGUACACGACGCGGCAUCUGAAUGACGACAGCACCUCCAAACAGAUCAGGGCCCUGCUGCAAUGAGAAGGGCCCCCCCGAGGAGGGAGGAGAGAAGGAGUGUGCACUUGAAGGAGGCGGAAAAAGGAGACGAGGAGGAGGAGGAGUGGCCAAUAAACACGUUUGUUUACAACGAACAAAGGAAAUCAUCUCCGGGCUUAAACCUGAUGAGAAGAAGAGGGAAAACUAUUAUAUAUAUUGUCAGCUGUCCAUCAUUCUGUCUCUCAUUUUGUAAAGUAAGAAAAGAGAAGAAGAAAAAAAAGCCAGAAAAUAAAGUAUAGAUAUAUAUUAAAAACAAGUGAAACACAUGCAGCAGAUGAAAAAGAAGUAGAAUUAAAGAUGAAGCUAUAUUGCAAAAAUAUAAGGUCAGAACCGAAGCAAGCUGAAAAUGUAAAAAAAAAGAAAAGGGUUCACUCCCCAGCUGUAGAAGUAUUUUUGCACACAAACAACUUCAUCUCCGCCGCCCCCCCCCCCCCCCCUCAGGCCCCGCACCCGCUCAGGAGGCUUUUAGGCGUUUCAGGUCGUCUCCGUCAGCUGCACUGAUCUCCACCUUCAGGGGAUCCAUGAAGCAAUGUGAUGGAGGCCCUCCGGAGAUCUGCUUCGCUUUCUGCAUCGGUGCAGCUGAAGGAAAGGAGGCGAGGAGACGAGACGUCUGCUUUUUCUUUUCUUUUCUUUUUUUGUGGGAUGCCUCCGUUAUUCUCCCUGAUGUCCCAC